UUUUUUACGAUUGUGAAUAGUGUUCCGUUUAAAACUUACAACGUUUUAAUAUUAUAUUAGACAUAAAACGUAUUAUUUUCUCAAAACUUCGUGUAACAAGUUUCUGUGUUUGGCAGAAUGGUGAAUUAUAUUCUAAAACAUGAGGACCUCCACUUCGUCGAUGAUGGACGACCAUGGACAAAUUCCGAGAAAAGAAUGUCGCGAUGGGACAAGUUGCAUCAGCUGCAAUGGGUUCGACUAUCGAGCCAGCGCUUAAUUCCACGCCAUGCAUUCGAGAUUGAACGACGCGGAGAAACCAAACUGUACCUUGCCCGGGCGGAGCACCAGGGAUCCUACACGCCAGGAUAUUUCGAUGCAUCGGAAAAGAAGUUUUUCAUCGUGUGGGGAGGAAAACGACACGCUAAAGAAUGCGGAGAAAUCCUAUGCAUCACUGGACAAUUUGUGCCGUUUAGUGAUUCGAACACGUUGCUGCGUGCCACCCCGGCCGGUUUUUCGGAACAGGGUGAACCAUUGCACUUUGGCCGAGUGAAACACAACGGACAGUUUUACUAUGGAAAGGUACAACGAUCCCAUGAUAGGGUGUGCUAUGUCUCUAUUAAUGGUAAAGAACGCGCUUUCACUAAUUAUGAUAUAUUCAUGAGAUCUGCAGUGAACCCGGAAGUUACAAACCCGGCACCCCUUUUCGAGCCACCAUCAACUACGGGGUGGGUAGAUUAUACUUUUGAUGAUGUUCCACAAAAUGCCGUCGUUGCCUACACCAAUUUGUCUGAAACGCUGUAUAUUGGUCGCGCUAAACAUAGAGGAAGUAUUACUCCGGGUGUAAUUAGUCCAUUACAAAGAACGUGCACUAUUGUUUGGGGCGGAAUUGUUUGGCCUAAGUCCGAGUUCGAAGUGCUGAUAAAUGUAAAUGGCAUGUUUGUGCCGGUUGUAAACAAUCGAAUACCGCCCAAUGCCUUCCCGGCAGGGCAAUCUGAAGCCGGCGAAACAUUGUAUAUAGGUCGAAUUAAAUUGGGUGAUAGGUGGUCAGUGGUGGGCAAAGUACAUCCCUCUCACAGAGUUUGUUAUGUACCCUACAAUGGUGUGGAAAGGGGAUUUGAAAAUUAUGAAAUCUUUGUUACUUAGUUUAGCAUAAUCAUUAUCAGGCUCUGUACCAAGGAGGCCAUAUUGCUUUUUUUUUAUUUGACGCUCCCCGUGUCUAGUUAUGGCUUCAUGCUUGCAGAAAACACCCUUGAGGUUACAACUUCAAUUUUCCUGCUGACGUGAAACUAAGUGUGACUUACAAGGAAUGUUGCUGAAUCUUGUAGUUGAUGUGUAAAACCCUGUAAUACAUGCAGUGCUUCAAUUGAAAUAGAUUUGUGAUUGAGCAAAGUAGUCUGAAGCGGGAAACCUGCACCUUUCGACCACGUUCAAAUCUUCUGUCAUACAAAAUGCAUCGACUCGUAUGAGUAAAGAACAAAGCACGCUAGUAUACAGCCUUUUACGGUGGAUAGAGUAAAGGCUGAUUAGCACAUCGGCAAGUGCAAGUGGUAAGUA